UAAGCUUCCGCUUGAUCCUAGAAGGCCGCCGAUAACUGUAAGGGGAUUAACUGAGCUGAGGAGCACGCUGGUGUUGUGCAGUCUUAAUUGGUCAUUCCACUAAACAAACACAAACACAAACACAGAAAACAUGCUAUUUGACGCUAUGAGACAAAGCUUGACGAGGCAGACCUCGAUAUCGGCCCCAACUCUGGCCCUCGGGUUCAUGGGUGGUGUGGUGUUGCCUAUCCUGCUAACAAAUGCGCUGGCAAGUAAACAACCUAACGCUAUCUACCAGGGCAAGGACAAAGUAGAUCAUGUUGAUGUCGCUGACGAAGACUACGACUUCAACGAUCUGUUGUUCUAAAACAAUAAU